UCCCCUGCGGCGGCUGGAAAGGAGUCAGUUGGGCGUCUGGGCGACUCUGGGUGGCUAUGGCCUUUACUCUGUACUCGCUGCUGCAGGCGGCCCUGCUCUGUGUCAACGCCAUUGCCGUGCUGCACGAGGAGCGCUUCCUCAAGAACAUUGGCUGGGGAACAGACCAGGGAAUUGGUGGAUUCGGAGAAGAGCCAGGAAUUAAAUCUCAGCUAAUGAACCUUAUUCGAUCUGUAAGAACUGUGAUGAGAGUGCCAUUGAUAAUAGUAAACUCAAUUGCAAUUGUAUUACUUUUAUUAUUUGGGUGAACAUCAAUGAGGGAAAUGGAGACUCAGAAGAGGAGAUGCGAGCAGAAGUUAUGACUUCAGUCAUUAUUGGAAUAUUCAUAUCUUAGCAGGCCAGUCUUGCACUUGAAAAAAAAAUGUAAAGCUGACAAUAAAACCAGAGUUCCCAUUUAUCUAAUUUUUUUUAAUGUUGCACUUGUAAUUUCAUUACAAAAAGAUCAGAUCAUCAGAGACAGUAACUCUCCAAGAUUGGAAUGUAUUUGAUUGCUGACUGUUAAUAAUAGUCCAUAUUAUGGUAAAGAUUGUUUAAAGGGUAUAGGACUGUUGCUUCUGGUUUUUCUUUAGAUAUUUUUCUAUGUUUCACUUCUCAGGGAUGAAUUUUUUUCCAAAGUUUUGAAGUUCCUUGUGACUUAGCUAUCACAUGAGAGUGAUUAUCCCCCUAGAUAAAACUUAAAGGAUUUUUUAAAAGUAAUUACAUAUAAAGUGAUAAGUAGGUAAUUUGGAUAAUUUUAUUUUGAACUCUUUGGUUAAAUAUUUUGUCUAUAUGUUGUCUUGGCUAUAAGGAAUUUGAAUUUAUAGACACUGUUGAGUAGCAAUACUCUCUGAUUUCAGGGAGGUUCUAAUUUUCUAAGUCAGUCACAUGAUAAUUGUGUUUGUGUUUUGUUUUGUUUUGCAUGGAUUUGUUACUUUACUAAUUGGCCUCAAUGAUGAAACAAGACCAGUAUCUACAUAUUUUCAUUGGUAGAGAAAUCUGUGUAGAAAAGUUUGUGCCCUUUUUACAGUGACUUAUUUUUUUUAAAUCAGCAUACAUAUUAGCCUGCAAGAACAAUCCUAAAUGACACAAUUAAACUAUACUACAUAAGAAGAUUGUUUAUUGUGAAGCAUUUACCCCCCUCCAAAUUAUCACAUUUCCAUUUCUUGGUAGAAUAGCCCAUUAAGGGGUAUGAUUCUUAAUUCUUCAUUCUGUCUGUAAAUAGAGCAUUCAUGCUGGAUAAGGUUUUUUUUAUUUUGUUUUGUUUUUAUGUCUUAGACCAUCUUGUGAGGUUAUUUGCUCAUCCCAUAAUACAGUUGUAUGCAGAAAGGUAAAAACUAUGUAAAUGGUUUUUGUGGAAAUUCAGUUGUAAUAUUUUAAAAUGUGGAAUGGUGUUUAUAGGAGAACAUUUGUAAAUAAAGUUGAAUUUCCAAGUCGA